CCCACUUUUAUUUAUUUUACUCUCACGCUCUCUACCCCACUUCCUUUUUCUUUCUUUCACUCUUACUCUCACUUUCUGCACCUUCACCCCUUCAUCUUUCUUUCACAUCUAUCUCUCCCCUCUCCCUCGCUUUUGGUCAUUACCAUUGCUUUCAUCCUCUCCACUCAUCUACAUCUACUCUCACUAAUCAUUAGUCGAACAUAGAAGAAAUAGACAAUGUUUUCUGCAUCUCGUUCUUCACUCAAUGUUCUCAGGUCAAAGGUUGGCCAGUCUACAUAUAUCUCCACUGCCCGAAUGAUCUCUGGACAGAGGUUAAAAUACUCAAUUGCAACCAAGGCCGCCACUACUCUUUGCAUUAAGGCAGUUCGUCAGCCAAGAGCCAACUUCAGCAUUAAUCAUAUCCAUAGAUUUCACGCCUCAGCUUUAGCAAAUGCCAAAGUCCCCUUUUUAUUGGCAGAUAUUGGAGAGGGUAUCACAGAGUGUGAAGUCAUCCAAUGGUUUGUAAAGGCUGGUGACAAAGUUGAAGAGUUUGAUAGGCUUUGUGAGGUUCAGUCAGACAAGGCAUCUGUCGAGAUUACAUCCCGGUUCACUGGAACCAUUGCCUCUCUCAAAUAUAAGGUUGGAGACAUGGCAAAGGUUGGAUCACCCUUGGUCGAAAUCGAGACUAAUGACGGUGCUGCUGUAGAAGAACCCAUUGCUGCUCCUGACGCUACUUCUACAUCGACUCCUCCCACUACGGCACCUGAGGAUGGCUUGAGAGGCCAUUCAAACGUCAUUCAGGACAUGAAUGCGGUGGCCGCCAUGAUGGACUCUCCUCCGGGAAAGGUUGAGGCUCCCAAGGUUGAGGCUACCAAGGCUGAGGCUCCUACUGCUGAGCACAUUUUGACCUUUGCUACCCCCGCGGUCCGUCGUGUUGCCAAGGAGAACAGUAUUGACAUUAGUCUUAUUAAAGGAACCGGUAAGAGUGGUCGUGUUAUGAAGGAGGAUGUUUUAGCAUACCUUGCUAACGGACAACAGUCAGCUGCUGCUCCAAAGACCUCUAGCGCAUCCAUAGCUACCGUUUCCCCUGUCAAGGCUCAUAGGCCUGUUGGGGAGGAUGAGAUUGCUCCAUUGAGCAAGAUCCAAAAGGCCAUGUUCAAGCAGAUGACCAAGUCUCUAUCGAUCCCUCAUGUCGGAUUCGCUGAUGAAAUCAUUCUUGAUAACGCCAUUGCCUUCCGACGUGCACUGAAUGAUUACGUGGCCAAGUCGCCCGAGAAGUACAACUUUGAGAAGAUUUCAUACAUGCCUAUCAUCAUCAAGGCCCUUUCGAUUGCCUUGGAAGAGUACCCUAUCAUGAAUGCCUGUGUUAUUGAUGGUGAAGAUCCCUCCACUGCCAAGCUUAAGUACCGUGCAUCUCACAACAUUGGAAUUGCUAUGGAUACUCCCGGCGGCUUGAUCGUCCCCAACAUCAAAAACGUUCAGAAUCUGUCUGUGCUUGAAAUUGCAUCUGAAUUAACUAGGCUGCAAGAACUUGGCAAGAAAAACGCCAUUCCCUUAGCCGAUCUUAAGGACGGCACCGUGUCUCUGUCCAACGUUGGCAGUAUCGGGGGUACCUAUUUGCAUCCUAUAAUUGUCACAUCUGAGGUGGCAAUCGCUGCCAUUGGCAACAUGCAGCGUUUGCCUCGCUUCAAGAUGAUUGAGGAGGAUGGCAAGAUGGUUGAGCGCGUGGUUGCACAGCAAAUUGUCAAUGUCAGUUGGAGCGCCGAUCACCGUGUCAUUGAUGGGGCUACUAUAGCCCGCCUUAAUGCACUCUGGAAGACUAUGAUCGAGAAUCCUGUCUUGAUGGGAGCCAUGCUUCGCUAACUUUUUGUUUUUAUUGUUAUUGUUGUCAAUGUUGCUACUACCUUUUACUUCAAGAUUGAAUAUGUGAAGUGCAAUGGUGGCCGUCUCCUAUUUCUUUUUAUACAUAUAACCAUACUAGACUAUUUUACUUUAAGAGAAAAAUCAUAAGUAA